AUGAAGCGCGAGGCGCCAAAGAAAAAUUUUUCAAUAUCUUUGGAACAGUUCAAGUCUGAUAUUGUGAAGGCGGCUAAAAAAGCUUUGAAACAAUCAACACAUUCAAUAAGAGAACAGUUUGGUGGGAGGAAGAUAGUUUAUGUUGGGAUUCAUGCCAGGAGAGGAGAUUAUGCUCACAAUCCUCAUCUAACGGAUUUUUAUACUAAUGAUAAUGUUUGGAGAGCUUACUUUUUGCACUGCAUUAAUCUUUUUAGGGCUCGAAUAGACAAUGAGACAACGAAAAGUGUAUUUGUAAUGCUGAGCGAUGAAAAACUUUGGCUCAAAAAUAAUUUUGAAAAUGAACCAGACGUUGGAUUUCCGGGAUACUAUUCUUUAAUAUCAGAGGAACGAAUGCCAGCAAGAGACAUGUAUAUUUUGAUGUUAUGUAAACAUUUAAUCAGGACAUAUGGAACUUUCGGAAUCUGGGGAGGAUUUUGGUCUAAAGGAACUGUAAUGUAUUCUUACACUGGUAGAGGGUUUUUGUUGUACAUAAACAUGUGCUUAGUUGUGCAUGACUAUGUAUAUGACAAGUUGUACAAACACAUGCUUUAA